AUGCCCUCACUGUAGCCCACACAAUAAUGUCAUUAAACAUGUUUCUCCUUGCUAGAGAGAUGCAUCUCAACAACUCGCAGCACAUUUCUCUCCAGUAGUGCACAUCAAAGGCAAGGACAAACGUAAUUUUCUUUGCUCUUUUACUUUUCCAUACAUCAAUAUUAUAAUAGCAUUUUCUACUCCACAAUACGUGCAUUGCCCUCUUUGUUAUGCCAGUGAUACAGAUUCCAUAUGUAGGCUUGGCUUUGUAGUUUUUGUAAAGCUGCAAGCUUUUUCCAGCAGGCCUGGUCUGGACAAACCUUUAAAGUUCAAUAGAAUUUUAAAUAAAGCAGAGGGCUGCAUCUAGAGGUUUGUGAGCGUAACCCUUCACUGCUGGGGUCUGUUUUGUUUUUGGCUCCCGACAAUCAAUCUCCUUUGGAGAUACUUUGAAAUGUGAAAUAAUAAUAGUACCCACAGAGCAAAGCAACAUAUUUUUGGCCCACGGUUAUGCAUGUGGGUACACUCAUAUAAAUAAAACUCACCAUCCAAGUUUCAAAGCCCCACCACCAAAUGGCCUCUAAAUGAAUUUUACAUACUUAACAAUGUCAGGCUUUUAAGUGCAUAGCCACAAGCGAUGCUUUUCUCUGAGACAACACAGCAGUUAGAGCAGCAGAAGGGUCACAAGUUAGGAGGAGAGACAAAGUAUAAGCUGAGGUUUUAAGAGGACGCCUCGUUGUUGUGUGGUCUUAGUCUUAAAUGUCACACUGCAAACUCAGCUGUAUAACCUAAAAUAUCUGUUGUACGCAAUGAUGUCAUAAUUAUUUGCAAUACACCUAAUAUUUACGUUUCGUAAAUAUCUCACAACACUUACAGCAUCAUUAAAACUUGUGAUAUCAGUUGUUAGAUUAAUCAAUGGUGAUUUUGAUAAUCGUGCAGGCAAUAGUAAAUUGAAUAUAUAGAUUGAAUUAACAGUAUGGAAGAUAUAAUAUUUAAAAAUUAGCUGGUUUGAAUUCGCAAGAAAGUAAAAGUUGCAGACCUCCAGUAAAUCAUGCAUCUAUGAAAAUAUUCUCUCUGACAUGAAUGUCUUUUGUCUUGUGAUUGGAUGUUUUAAAAAAGACAAAGAACGCUGCUCAUCCAAGUUCUAACUUUGAAAAUAAACUUCAUAUACUAGCAGUAGUUACAAUAUCAUUAUACUACUAGUGUUGUAGUAUUUUCUACUGCAGCCGAGAUGAAAGUCUGGAAAUCUUUUCCCUGCUUUGUUUUUGUCCUUGUGAGUUCAGCACUCGGGGAGGACACAGUGGCAGAAGACAUCGGAGUCCAUCAGCUGGAGCGUUUAGUGGAGCUGCUGACGUCUACGGAGUGCGAAGACCUUCUGUUCGCCCUCUCUCACCCAGAGGAGGAUAUCUUCCAGCACCUUGAGCGUCUCUCGCCAGAACAAAAUAAGCUUGAUCUCAAGCCUCGAGCCAAAAGAGACACCUCUUCUGCCACGAGUAGUGAAGCCCAGUGCCGGACAGCCCUGACAGACUGGCUACUGAGGUACGGCGAGCAGACCUACUACGACAGGCUUUCUCGCGCCUUGCAGCGCAUUGGCAGAACAGACAUCGCCACUGAGGUGGGGAAGAACAUCAACCAGGACAAAGUCUUGAGCCUGAAACGCUACGUUGAAGACUAUCAUAAAUACGUCAGCUCAUUAAACUUUCCAUCGGUUCAGUCGAAUGCAAAGAACGACCAGCAUGAAGACCAGAAGGUCGAAAAAAGAAAAGUAAAGGAUCUGACUUGGCGAGACCUGGAUCUGAUUGUGGAGCGAGCUCCUGUCCCUUUGUACCAGAAGGGACCUUUGGAUGUGGCUCUGCCGCUCUUGUAUGGCAUCCUGUUGGGCUUCGGAGGUACCUUCCUCGCGGGCGUCUCUAUACUCCUCGUCAUCAUCCACAUCAUGCGCAGAAACGAGCCCAGGCGUCACCCCAGGGUCACCAGCAGUAAGCUCACGGCAUGAGAUGUAAUGUUGGAAGACGCAGCUUCUGGGAGGUUAAAGUGCUGAAUAAAAUGUCUCCACCACGUCCAAAA